CUGCUCGUCGAAGCGGCUGUCGGACGGUCGCCUCUCAGCGAGUCUGCGUACAAUGUAGCAGCCAUUUUUGUUCUUGUUCAUAAUAGCGUGCGCAUAUUUUAAUGUAUUUAGAAGGAUAUUUAGGAAAUUUUUCACGAUGACUAUCAUAGUCUUUUUAAUAGAUACAUCUGCUUCUAUGAAUCAAAGAGCUUAUUUGGGCGGACGCCCAACGUUGCUCGAUGUAGCCAAGGGCGCUGUGGAAACGUUCGUAAAGGUUCGUCAGCGAUCUCCCGAAAGCAGAGGCGAUAGGUAUAUGCUUCUAACUUUCGAAGAGCCACCCGCGAACAUCAAGGCCGGCUGGAAAGAGAAUUUAGCAACAUUUAUCAAUGAAUUAAAGAACCUGCAGUGCCUUGGGUUGACGACAAUGGGUGCUGCUUUAAAGCAUGCAUUUGAUGUGCUUAACAUAAAUCGUAUGCAGACUGGUAUAGAUACUUACGGUCAAGGACGAUGUCCAUUUUACCUCGAGCCUUCAGUUAUAGUUGUAAUUACUGAUGGAGGAAAACUUUCCAGCAAUGCUGGCAUACAGGAAGAAUUUAAUUUACCAAUGAAUUGUCCUAUUCCUGGUUCGGAACUGACAAGGGAACCAUUUAGAUGGGACCAAAGACUUUUUUCACUGGUGCUUAGACUGGCUGGCACACCAGCGGUUGAGAGGGAUACAGGUCUUGUACCAUCGGACUCUUCACCUAUAGAUGCUAUGUGUGAAGUUACGGGCGGACGUUCCUACUGCAUUACUUCACACCGUAUGUUAAUGCAGUGUAUUGACAGUCUGGUCCAAAAAGUGCAGAGUGGAGUUGUUAUCAACUUUGAGAAGAUUGGUCCUGAUCCACCACCUAUUGACGGAGGCAAUAACAGGGAGGGUGAAGGCGAUGAGUUGAAUCCAGACACGGAAAAGGAAAUGGACACUGAUGGUGAUCGGAAUGGGCGUUGGAACGGCGGCGCUUAUCAAACUGCAUUGGCACCAAACCAAGCCUCCAGUGCACCGCAAGCGUGGCACUCCUGUCGACGUCUCAUCUACGUUCCGCGGACCGUGUCACAAAAAGGCUUCGCUGUAGGUUUCUGGCCCAUACCGGAAUCCUUUCGACCCGACCCCAGCGCUCCAACUCUGCCUCCAAGAUCCGCACACCCUGUUGUGAAGUUCACGUGUUCAUCACAAGAGCCAAUGGUUAUUGAUAAUCUGCCUUUCGAUAAAUACGAAUUAGAACCUAGUCCUUUAACUCAGUUCAUACUUGCAAGGAAACAACCGACAACAUGCUGGCAGGUAUUUGUGGCAAACAGUGGUUGCAAAAAUUCCGAAGUCAGUCAUCCAUUUGGUUACUUAAAGGCAUCUACAAAUCUUACAUGUGUCAACUUAUUUGUGUUACCAUACAACUACCCAGUGCUCUUACCACUUCUCGACGACCUUUUCAAGGUGCACCGAUGCAAGCCCACUCCCGAAUGGAAAUUGGCUUUUCAACAAUAUUUGGAUCGGAUGCCAUCAUAUUAUGUAACGCCACUCCGUCGAGCGUUAACAAAGAUGGGUGCUUCCACUCCAUUGGUUCAGAGUUUGAUUCCUGAUACCCAAGACAAUUCGCUGAGCUUCUCCGUGCUUAACUAUUUAAAAAGACUGAAAAACCAGGCUAAGAUAGAGUUUGAGAAGCUGUGUGCAGAUGUUAUUAAUAAAGCUUCCAGUGGGAAUACUCAGAAGGUAGCAGAAAGCAUCAGAGUUAUGCCCCGAUCGUCUCUCAAAAAAGAUCUCACGACUCAUCCAUGUUUGCAAGACAAGUUCACCGCUCUAAGGGAUCAGUUGAACGAGUUUGGUGGAUUUGUUGUUGGACUGUCACGCGGCAGACAUAAGACUCAAACGCACACCUACAGAAACCCAUUUGAUAUACAGCGACGGGAUUUAUUAGAUCAGGUGGUCCGAAUGCGCGCAAACUUCCUGCAGCCGUCGCUCGCGCACACGCGUCUCGUGGACGAGGACAGCGUGCACUCGAUGCCGGUCGCUCAGAUGGGCAACUACCAGGAGUACCUCAAACGGAUGACGCCACAGCUGCGAGAGAUUGAGUCACAACCUGUCCGGCAGCACAUGUUUGGCAACCCAUUUAAGAUUGAUAAGAGGAUGAUGGUCGACGAAGCGGACAUAGAUCCAAUGGGAGCCGUACGAAAUAGCGGAGGCGGGGGCGUCGGCGGCAAGCGAGGCGCCGAGAGCCCGCGCGCCGCGCCGCCCAAACGCAAGGCGGGCCCGCUGCCGCAGCACGUGGUGGCGCGCCGCCCGUCCACGCCCGCGUCGCCGCCGCCGCCCGCCGCGCCGCCCGCGCCCGCCGCGCCGUGCCCGCCCUCCGCGCUGUCGGCGCUAUCGCCGCUGUCGCCGCUGUCGCCCGUCACGGCGCGCCGCCCGUCCUCGCCGCUCGCGCCCGUGCCGACCGACUUGCCGUCCGGUCGACCUCCCGAGGAACCUCCAAAUGUGGAAACAGAAGGUCCGUCUCCGCCGCUGUUGCCGCAGCCCGCUGCACCUACUAACCUGCCGCCUGUUAUCAAACCGUUUCUUAAUGGAGACGCGUACACGACGAUGGGCAGCAAGCUGUCGCGCUCGCCGUCGCCGCCGGCCGAGGCCGCGGUGCCGCACGACUCGCAGGAGCUGCAGAUCAACGCCAUCAUACAGGGCAUCGCGGCCGAGAACAACUUCAUAUCGCGCGCUCGGAAGCGGAAACGGAAGAGCGAGCGACAAGAGCCGCCUAUCAUACUGCCGCCUCAGCCAUCCCGUAAAGAGCUAGCUGAGAUAAAGAAGCAUAAUCUCGAAGUUCGUUCCGAAGUCUAUCGAGCUGUACGAAGGCCUGGUAAAGAUUUCACAAAGCUGUUCGAAUACUUAAAACAAUUGAAAGGUAGUGUUGAUGUAAAGAAAGAAGUUAUACGUGACGUUAUAAGCGAGUCGUUACGGUUCAAGAGGAAAACGCUCGCUCAACUUCUAGAAGACUUUUUAGCGGGACUAGAAAAGAACGGAAACAGUGCUUCAGUUAACUUGAAAAGGAUUAAUUCAACGUAUGGAAAUACGAAUAAUCAUAGUUAGUGGUGUUGUGAUUAAGUGAACUCGAAACGAAUCGGUCACAUGUUUCUGUUCUGUCAAUAGAUGUUAUGCCGUGUUUUAUUAUUCAAUGUAAUAGUUAUCAAAUAAAAUAUAUGUGAAUAAGGCACUGCCAGAUAUAAUUUCGAAGUCUACAUCCUAGAUUGUAUAUUGAAAAUUUUCGUCGUGAAACAAUCGCCUCGUCAAGGCUGUGAAAUUACUUCUAUGUAAAUGCAAGGCCGUUAUUCACUUAAAAUUAACACAAAUGUUAAAACAUUUAUUCUAAUUUGCCAUGAAUGCAGUAACAAAAAAUAUUUACACUUGAAAAGUGCAUUCAUGUUAUUGUGAUAAAAGUACUAGUUAAAAAUUAGUUUUAAAUGAAUAAGGUUUUAUUAAAAAAUGAUUUUGACAUUAUCACUCGUGGCAUUCUCUGUAACCUGUUAAUGAUUUAAAGGCAUUUAAAUUUGCAUUGAAAGUAACUUAACCAAGUCCUUGUUACGUAAUUUUAAUGACCAAUAGAGGCCACUAUUAAGAAAUAGUGUCAGUUGUCUCUAUGGCGAGUCAUCAAAAGUACGAUGUGGGCAUUUCUUUUUCACAGUUGCAGGCAUUUGUUUAAUUCUCGUAUUCGGAUUCGAUAUAAAUCAUGAAGCAAUAUGAAUUCUAAGAAUUUCAUGUUUUACUUAAGUGAUUGUGUGAGAUUGAGUUCAGAUGGUGUAAAUAGUAUUUGUAAAUAAUAGAUUUUAUCAUAAUUACCAAUGAGAAACAUCUAGGAUGCUUUUAUGCAUCAACGAAUGCGAUAUUUAGUAAGACUGGGUGUUCCAGAAUCCGACGUAACGAUAUAAUAUAGUAUUAUUUUAAAUGAAGAUCUAGUAUUUAGCAGAUUUAUUGUUAUAAAUAAAUUGAUAGUUAAUUAUUUUUUAAAGAACUGCUAGUUGAUCAUUUUAAAUGAAAUCCGUUCUGAUUGGAUUCUACGAAGACCCCGUCCCGCUAAAUGUCGUUUGGUCAAUUGUAAAGUGUAUAUAUCAUUUUAUAAAUAAAUUAUGAUCCUUAUUGGAUUUUUUA